AUGCCGGAGAAAAACCAAAAUGGCGCCGUUAAGCUUUUCCUCACACUUGCUUUUCUCACUGCUACAACCGCUUCUCUUCCUUCUUCCCCGGACCGAUUCCUCAAAUCGGCUUUGACUUCUCUCCGGUCACCGUACAAGCCAAAGAAGUACGAGGAACUCAGUCAGCCCUUACCGUCCGAUCAACUCAUGCCGUCGUGCUCCCAUGUCCUCCUCCGACAAUCAUUCGCCAACCACAUCGACGCACCUCCCUUUACCACUCCAUAUACUCCACCUUCCGGCUGUACAUCACCGCCAUGGUCUUAUGUCAAGAGCGCCGCCUCGAGUGGCGAUAAGUACGAUCAUAAUUCCGGCUUGUGGCUCCGCGGAGUGGAACUACUCCACACCAGAACGGCUGAGCCAAAUCCAACCGGAAUCUUCUGA